AAAUAUUGCAUCACCGCAAAGGCCCCGGAUUGGAGCGAGAGAAGCAUUACAUUCUCCCAGUCGGUUUUACGAAAACAGUCUUUCGAGCGACAUGACAAACACACCGCUCGAAUAUUUGGACAGAAACGUAAGUUAUAGAGGGAUGGCAGAUUGAUAAAACAUCAAAUCGCACUCUUGAUUGUAUGCAUAUAAUUUAAAAGUUCCGGGUACAAUGUGGAAACCCCGAUGAAGCGGAAAUCCUGAGCUAAAGUUGUGUUUACGGCGAAGGAGUGGCUCAUACUGUCUCCACAAGGGUGAAGCUGUAGAAGAAUAACUGAAGAGAGAGAGAUAAGAUGCCUCCUCCCCCGCCACCCCCUGCCCCUCCCCCACCCCCAACCUUCGCUGUGGCAAACACACAGAAGCCAUCACUCAGCAAGAAUGAAGCACAAGGAAGAAACGCCUUACUGUCUGAUAUCGGAAAAGGUGCUCGCCUGAAGAAGGCCGUGACCAAUGACAGGAGUCAACCCGUCAUUGACAAACCCAAAGGUGGAGGUGGAGGAGGUGGAGGAGGUGGGGGAGGAGGAGGAGGAGGUGGAGGAGGAGGUGGAGGAGGAGGUGGCGGAGGAGGUGGCGGAGGAGGAGGACCAGUACUAGGAGGUCUCUUUGCAGGAGGCAUGCCCAAGCUUCGGUCCUCAGGAGGGAACAGUAACGGUAAUAAUCCCCCCAUGGUACCUCCAGGCGGCCGUUCCUCAGGCCCCAGACCGUUUGGUGGUGGGGGCCCCUCCGCUGGCCCUCCACGGUUCUCAGGGGCCCCAGCCUUUCCCCGGAGCAGCGCCCCCGACCUCCCCAGGGGACGGGCAGGCCCCCCGCGACCAGAGACCCCUGGCGGACCCCCUCCCCCAAUCCCCAACACCCCACGGCCCAACCAGAACUUCCAGAGCCGAGGGACCCCGCCUGUUCCAGGAGGAGCCCGGAUCCCCAGCUCAGCCCCGGCACCUCCACCACCCAACCUCGCAGGCAGACACCAAGGCUUGCCCCCUCCCCCUGGCCCUAUAGGGGCCCCGUCUGGGCCAAAACCCUCCUUUGGGGCCCCUCCGGUUCCCAGUAGUGGACGUCCCCCUCUACCCCCAGCCCCCCACCCUGGCAGACCCUCAGAGGACCCCUGGCCCCCACCCCCACCCCUGGGCCACCGGUCCUCCAUAUCCAGAGAUGGACCACCGCCACCAUCUUUCAACUCCAAGCCCCCCAGCUCGUCUUCCUCUCGGCCCUCCAUCGGCGGUGGUGGAGCUCCCCCUCUCCCUCCUGGCAGACCGGGCCCUCCACUGUUGCCCCCAACGCCUGCGGGAGGAGACGAACACACCCCCAGACUACCACAGAGGAACAUUUCACUCAACUCGCCGGCGCCGCCACCUGGCCGGUCAGGACCACUGCCACCCCCUCCCAGUGAGAGGCCGCCCCCUCUGGGUAAACCCCCAGGACGGACGGGCCCGCUCCCUCCCCCUCCCUCCUCAGGUCCACGUGGAGGCAGUAUAAGGUCAUCCCCAGUCCCUUCACCUCCUAACCGCCCGGGAGCAGAGCCCUCCCGUGGGGGACAACGGCCCCCGCUUCCACCAGACCGACCGGGAAUAGGAGGCCCUCCUCCCCCACCUCCUCCCAUGGGCAACGGCUUCCAGAACUCCCAUCACCAACACGUUGAUGAGUGGGAGGCCCGGUUCCAGUUCCACCCUGUCUCAGACCUCCCUGUCCCAGAGCCUUACGUGUCCUGUCAGAAGACAUACCCCAGCAAGUUGUCCAAGACUGACGGCAGAGGUUCAGAUAAAAAGUCCAGGGGUGCCCCCCCACUACCCCCUAUCCCCAGGUGAAGCGCUCGUUUUUGGGAUGUCUCCCCUCCCCUCCCCUCCCCUUCCCUCCCCUCCCCUCCUCUCCUCUCCCUCAGAGUACAUGCAUGUAAGUAUGUCACUCCCACUGCCUCUGUCUAUGAGGCUUAUAGCACCUCCAUGGAAGGACCAUAUUUGCAGUGGGACUCACGCAACCAUGUGUUUCUCUGCCUGGAGUUGACAGAAUAUUCUCAUUUAACGAACAGCACUCCAAACCAACCAAAGUCCCAACAGAGGCUCGUUUUAUAGGCUAUGCAUUUGGUUUCGCUCCACUAUGUAGUGUUGAAACUGUAUACUUUUGUUAUCAUUUUUCACUGUGCCUUUUUUUUUUUCCAAUUCCUGAUUGUAAUGAAGGAUCUUUAUGAGAUUUAAGAGAAACAGUCGUGUCGGAUACUGUGCCUGUCUUCGCCAAAGAGCAACCGAACUAUAGCAUAUCAGUUACAAUAUUCUAACCAUCAAAAAGGGUACUUCUCCAUACAGUUCCUGUGCAGUUCACGGCGUGUUUUUACACGGUAGAGACAAAAUGGACGCUUGUGUGUUACAGUAUGCGUUGAUUGAACUUUAGGUGAAAAUUGAAUGUUUUCUUUAUGCCUUGAAAGAAAAAAGAACUGUCACUCAUGACAGUUGUUAGUUUAAUUUUGUAUGAUUUGAGUUGUUGGGAAGGACUAUUUGUUUUUAUUUUCUAAGUUUUCUAUACGACUAUUUUUUUUCUAUACAGUUACAGUAUUAUCUUCUUCUUCUGUACUACAGCUCUGGGACGUCUCCGCUACUUGAUAUUAACAUCAAGCUUGUCUCAGAACCACUUGCAGAGUGACAAUCUAAUAUUUGACCUAUGAAAGUAAAUCAUUAAAUUGUAUUAAAAUGUUAGACAUGAUCCUGAAGUUAUGAUAUGAAUGAGCUUGCUCAUAGAAUUUGCAAGUGUUUAAUGUAUGCAAGGAGGAUGUGAAUAUGCUGGCUGUAUGCUGAUGUGUGAGAGAGAAGUGCUGUUUGGCCUCCGUGUUUUCUCUGAUCUGUAAAGACGAUAAUAUGCAUUUCUGAAUAGAGAAUGUGGGGAAUGGCAGGAGCAUGUGUGUUUGACCAAAGACAGUCGGCUGCACUAGGACGUAGUCUCUUCCCACAGAGGCAGUGUCUCAGAUACUACUUGCAUUGGAGACUACCUAGGACCAAACAGACAGAUACUACUUGCAUUGGAGACUACCUAGGACCAAACAGACAGAUACUACUUGCAUUGGAGACUACCUAGGACCAAACAGACAGAUACUACUUGCAUUGGAGACUACCUAGGACCAAACAGACAGAUACUACUUGCAUUGGAGACUACCUAGGACCAAACAGACAGAUACUACUUGC